AUGGAACAGACGCCAGUGUUGGGUCUGUUAUUCCAUGUACGCUUGAUUGGUCUGCUCGUAUGCCUAGCUGCCGUAGAUCUUACUUGCAUUGUGUACGCUGCCAUUGAGCUCUAUAAAGGUCCCUCCAUGCAGCUACUCUUCGGCUUUGAG